AUGCAACCAGAAAGUGUAGAACAACCUAUGGAACUUGUUCCAAAUACCAAGUUGUCAGCUCUUCUUGUCUUGCUAUCUUGCAUUUGUUUAGCGUUUGUCUCUGCCACAGACACCAUCACAGCCGCCCAAUUACUCAACGACCCUGAAACCAUAACCUCCAAUGGCGGGCACUUCAAACUGGGAUUUUUCAGCCCUGCAAAUUCUACCUAUCGCUAUGUUGGGAUAUGGCAUGCUGACGUGUCUCUGUCCACUGUCAUAUGGGUUGCCAACAGAAACAAACCCCUCAACAUCACUUCCUCUGGGAUUCUCACCAUAUCAGAUGACGGCAAUUUGGUAGUAUUAGAUGGACAAAACAGAGUUUUUUGGUCAUCAAAUUCAACAAAUACUGUUCCCAAUUCGACUGCCCAGCUUCUAGAUUCUGGAAACCUUGUGUUGCAAGGAAACUCUACAGGGUCAAUCAUAUGGGAGAGUUUCCAAAAUCCUUCUGACACAUGUUUGCAAAAGAUGAAAAUUAGUACUAAUAUUAGAACAGGGAAGAAAGUGCAGCUGACAUCAUGGAAAAGUCCUUCCGAUCCAUCAAUUGGAAAGUUCUCUGCCGGCAUUGCUGUUCGUAAUCUUCCAAAAGUAUUCAUUUGGAAUGACGGUAGCCUAUAUUGGCGGAGUGGUCCAUGGAACAGCCGGAUCUUUAUUGGAGUACAGAAUAUGACCUCUGUAUUUCUUGAUGGAUUUAGUGUUGUAGAUGACAAAGAAGGAACAUUCUAUUUAUCUUUUUCCUUUACGGGGGAGACUUUUCCAACAAAUUUUGUCUUGAAUGCGCAAGGAAAUCUACAGGAGAAAUAUUCCGCCAAUGGGGAGAAUUGGGAGGUCGUGUGGUCAGCUUUGGAGACAGAGUGCGAUGUUUUUGGCAAGUGUGGGGCAUUUGGAAGCUGUAAUCCACAGGAUUCACCAAUUUGCAGCUGUUUAUGGGGGUUUGAGCCAAAGAAUACACAAGAAUGGAAUAGAGGAAAUUGGAGUCGUCGGUGUGUGAGGAGGACACCCUUGCAGUGUGAGAGGGUGAAGAAUGGCAAAAUAGAUGGAUUUUUGAAGCUGACGACGAUGAAAGUGGCAGACUUGGCAGAUUGGUCAGCUGACGAUGAUGAACAAUGUAGGAACAAUUGCUUGCAGAAUUGUUCUUGUAUGGCUUACGCAUAUGAUGCUGGAAUUGGUUGUAUGACAUGGACAAGAACCUUUGUUGGGUCAUAUUUCGGCUAG